AUGGCAUAUAAUGAGUUCGUAUAUUACACUACUGCCAGUACUGCAUAUCCAUUUUGUUACGGCUUUGUAGCUGGAACAAUAUGGUAUCUUAAGCCAGAUUCGAAUUCAAACGAUACUACAAUAAAUGUAUCUCAUAGUUGCAGAUCUACUUCACUAUUUGGUACUCAAGGAAAUACAGUUAUAGCUGGAGAAGUGAAAUUACCUUGUUGGAAAGCUCCUGGAGGUUGGAUAUUAGGUGGAUUAACAGACAUUGACAUAUGCCGAUGUAAUCAAAAAAGUAUUGCAAAUAUGAAAGCCAACCUUGAGAAUACCACCGAAAGCACAAAUGCAUCAGUAUUACACACUUAUGCAAAAAAUGUGGACAAUGAACUUAUGAGUAAUUUCUUUAGUCAACCCAGAAGAAUACUUGGCAAUCCUAAUUUUUUUUUGGAUGAUUUGGUUUCUACCAUUAAAACUUUAUAUUCAAUCUAUUCAUUGCCCUCUCAUAGUAAUGAUUUAACGCGAAAUUGGAAUUCUCAUUGUCUAUAUCAAGCUGCUCUGAGAGUCAUGAAUCUUACUUCUUGUUCAGAUGCGCCAAAAACAUUGGCUCCAAUAGUAGAUGCUCUGGCCAACGAUACAAAUGGCACAGUUAUAUGCUGUCAAAACUUUGAACCAGCUGCGUCUGUUGCCGAUUGUCCACCACGUUUAGGUAGUUUUUCUUUAAUAUCGUGCUCUUAG